AUGGAUUCUCAGAUUUUAACCUCAUCACCAGCUUUGACAAUGACAGCGGUUUCUCACGUCGAAACCGAGAUAAACAACAAGCUGGAUGGAUACGAGCCACGGGAUUCCAACGACGACACGGCACGUGUGCUGCGCGCUUUUCUUGACUACUUACCCCGUGACGGUCGGGCAAACCUGGCUGAUGAUAUUACCGGUUGCCAAACCGACGGUGAUUUACAGAGCCUUGCCUCUCGUUUAGUGGAAGGACUUCUUCUCCCUAUGAAGAUGGCUAACAGGCCAUCCCAUGGGGAUGGUGGUGAUAUCGAGAAAGCAUGCAUGCAACGAGAUGGCAACAUUUGCGUUGUCACCCAGGUUUAUGAUGUUCAUCAGCCUGCGCCAGACGACAAAUCAAUGCUUACGAGUUACCUCGCGGCUGUGCACAUCUUGCCCUUUCUGGAAGAAGAACGCAGCGCAUCCUCGGGGGUCUGGUUCAACGUCCGUCGGUACUUCCCCAGCAUGCGCUCUGAACUUGAUGAUCAUCAUCAGGUUGACGGUCUUUAUCAUAAUCCACGGAACGUGAUCACUCUCAUGGAUCCCUUAUACCGAGACUUUGGCGAUUUUCGAGUUUCUCUCGAGCCAACAAGCAACAACAACGCCAGCCAUGUGUAUCGCCUGAGAACACACAGGAACUUUUCAACGUGUCUCGUGCCUUUCCUGCCCGAGAAUGGACUCGUUACCUUGACAAAUCACAAUAAUGAGAAAGAUGAAUGUCCGCUGCCAAGCCCUGUGCUCCUCGAGACCCAUGCCGCAAUUGCACAAAUCCUCGACGCAACAGACGGCAGCACAGAUAUUCGAAGACUGCUAUCUGUUAAGUUCUUGCGACGGCGGUAA